CGUUGCAGUCCCGCCCACCUUCCCAGGACUUCCUGUUCCCGGCUCAUCCUGGCGCUGGGCCGGGGGACCGGAGGGUGACAGCGGCCUGAGUGACCGACCGGGGUGGCUGCGUGGGCAGGGUCAGGCCCGCCAAGCCGGACCGCGGGCGGGGAGAGGUGGCGCUCGGGCCGCGCGCAGCCCCACGGGGCCGGCUUCUGGCCGGGGCUGACAUCCGUCUCAGGAUGCCGGGGGAGGAAGAGGAGCGAGCCUUCCUAGCGGCCCGUAAACAGCUGGCGAGCGCCCUGAGGACGGAUUCCGGGCAGGCGUUUUCCCUGGAGCAACUCCUGCCGUUAUUGAACACUUCCUUGCCUCCAGCUGCCCGCUACCUGCUGCUGGACGCCGCACGCCUGAUCCGCUGCAACGCUCGUGGGGAGCCCCGAAACUACCUCAGCACCCUGUCCACGGCCCUGAACAUUCUGGAGAAAUACGGCCGGAACCUCCUUAGCCCUCAGCGACCCCGGUAUUGGCGCGGGGUCAAGUUCAAUAACCCUGUCUUUCGCGGCACGGUGGAUGCAGUGCAGGGGGGCCGGGAUGUGCUGCGACUCUACGGCUACACGGAGGAGCAGUCGGAUGGCCUGAGCUUCCCCGAGCAGCAGGAGGAGCCCGACAAGCAGCAGGUUGCUGAGGUCACACUGGAAGUGCUGCUGCUUCGGAUGGAGCUCACCCUGUAUCUGCAGAAUGCACAUCCGAGACAGCAGGCACUGGAACAGCUGCUGAAGGUGGAAGAUGAUCUGCUGCAGCUGUGCGAGUUUGGCCCCCUACUGAGAGAGAUUGCACCUGGUCCCCUUACCACACCCUCCGCUCCAGGUAUUACCCCAGGCCCUGCUGCUUGUACCUGCUUUCUCUGCGGCUCCAACCCAGGCACCCUGAGUUGCCCAAUCUGUAAGCAGGUCUUAUGUGCAGCCUGUGACCGCCUGUUCCAUGGACACCCAUCCCGCGCUCAUCACCUUCGCCAGACACUGCCUGGAGCUCUCCCGGCCGCCCACCUGAGGCCCAGUCUACCUGCCUCAUCCCACCUGCGGCCCCAGAUGACCUCCCUGCUGACCCUCAGAGACAGCUCUCCCUCCCAGGAUCCUGCAAGUGCCCAUCAGCCUUGGCACUGCGUGGCCUGUACCUGGCUCAACGAGCCGUGGGCAGUGCUCUGUGCGUCCUGUGGCCAGCACCGAGGCAGUAAGGAAUCGAGGCUGGAUCUUGAGUGUCCCCAAGGGACUGGGCACCAAGAACCUGAACUGACACGAGGUCAGUGGGCCUGCCAGAGUUGUACCUAUGAGAAUGAGGCAGCAGCUGUGUUAUGCGCCAUGUGUGAGCGGCCUCGGCUGGCCCAGCCUCCCAGCCUGGUGGUGGAUUCCCAGGAUCCUGGCAUUUGCCUACAGCCCCUUCAGGAAGGGGAUGCUUUGAUGACCACCAAACAGACUCCUCUCUGGAACUGUAGCCACUGCACCUUCUGCAACUCAGGCCCCGGUUGGGUGUGUGCUAUGUGCAACCGGACCAGCAGCCCUGACCCAGAACAGCGUGCCCCCCAGCCCAAUGCCACCUCCUCGGAAAAGGGACUCCCCAGUCCUCGACACCCACGAUGUCUCAGUGCCCCCCUGCCCAGCUCCUGUGGAGACCCUGAGAAGCAGCGCCAAGACAAGAUGCGGGAGGAAGGCCUCCAGCUGAUAGUCAUGAUCCAGGAAGGAGAGGCUGCAGGUGCAUCUCCAGAGGAGGUCUUCUCGGCUCUACAAUACUCGGGCACUGAGGUGCCGCUGCAGUGGUUGCGCUCAGAGCUGCCCUAUGUGCUGGAGAUGGUGGCCGAGCUGGCUGGACAGAAGGACCCUGGCCUGGGUGCCUUUUCCUGUGAAGAGGCCCGGAAGGCCUGGCUGGACCGUCACGGCAACCUUGAUGAGGCUGUAGAGGAGUGUGUGAGGGCCCGGCGGAGGAAGGUGCAGGAGCUCCAGAUGUUGGGCUUUAGGCCCGAGGAAGGGUCUCUUCAGGCAUUGUACCAGCAUGGGGGAGACGUGGCCCGGGCCCUGACUGAGCUACAGCGCCAGCGCCUGGAGCCCUUCCAUCAGCGCCUCUGGGACAAUGGCCCUGAGCCUACUCCUUCAUGGGAUGGGCCAGACAAGCAGAGUCUGGUCAGACGGCUUCUGGCAGUCUAUGCACUCCCCAGCUGGGGCCGGGCAGAGCUGGCAUUGUCGCUGCUGCAGGAGACCCCCAGGAACUAUGAGCUGGGGGACGUGGUAGAAGCUGUGAGGCAAAGCCAGGACCGGGCCUUCCUACGCCGCUUGCUCGCCCAGGAGUGUGCUGUGUGUGGGUGGGCUCUGCCCCGCAACCGGAUGCAGGCCCUAAUUUCCUGUGAGUGUACCAUCUGUCCUGACUGCUUCCGCCAGCACUUCACCAUCGCCUUGAAGGAGAAGCACAUUACAGACAUGGUGUGCCCCGCCUGUGGCCGCCCUGACCUCACUGAUGACACACAGCUGCUCAGUUACUUCUCUACCCUGGAUAUCCAGCUUCGGGAGAGCCUUGAGCCCGACGCCUAUGCUCUGUUCCAUAAGAAGCUGACUGAGGGGGUGCUGAUGCGGGACCCCAAGUUCCUGUGGUGUGCCCAGUGCUCCUUCGGCUUCAUCUAUGAGCGGGAGCAGCUGGAGGCUACGUGUCCCCAGUGUCACCAGACCUUCUGUGUGCGCUGCAAGCGCCAGUGGGAGGAGCAGCACCGAGGUCGGAGCUGUGAGGACUUUCAGAACUGGAAACGCACCAACGACCCGGAAUACCAGGCCCAGGGCUUGGCGAUGUAUCUUCAGGAGAAUGGCAUUGACUGCCCCAAGUGCAAAUUCUCCUACGCCCUGGCCCGAGGAGGUUGCAUGCACUUCCACUGCACACAGUGCCGCCACCAAUUCUGCAGCGGCUGCUACAAUGCCUUUUAUGCCAAAAAUAAAUGUCCAGACCCUAACUGCAGGGUAAAGAAGUCCCUACACGGCCACCACCCUCGAGACUGCCUCUUCUACCUGCGGGAUUGGACUGCUCUCCGACUCCAGAAGCUGCUGCAGGACAACAACAUCAUGUUUAACACAGAGCCUCCAGCAGGAGCCCGCGCAGUCCCUGGAGGUGGCUGCCGAGUGAUGGAGCAGAAGGAAGUUUCCAAUGGGCUCAAGGAUGAAGCUUGUGGCAAGGAAACUCCAGCUGGCUAUGCCGGCCUCUGUCAGGCACACUACAAAGAGUAUCUGGUGAGUCUCAUCAAUGCCCACUCACUGGACCCGGCCACCCUGUAUGAGGUGGAGGAGCUGGAGACAGCCACCGAGCGCUACCUGCAUGUGCGCCCCCAGCCUCUGGCUGGUGAGGAGCCUCCCGUGUACCAUGCCCGCUUAUUACAGAAGCUGACCGAAGAGGUGCCUUUGGGACAGAGCAUUCCCCGCAGGAGGAAGUAGCUGAGGGCCAGGGUCCUGUGGCCCAGACCCCUCAGGAACAGCUGCAGCACCAAUAAAGAGGCAUCUGAUUGCCA